CCAUCCAUCCAUCCUCUCACCUUUCUCCAACCGAUUUUAAUUGCACCAAGCCACCGUUAUAGUAUUAAUUAAAUUACCACCAUGCGUUACAUCAUCGUCGUCACCAGUUUAUUACUUGCCCAGGCGUGAAGUUGAUAAAAUGCUCAAAUCGUAAACUUUAAGUCAAAUGGAUCUUCAUCAUAAUGCGUGGACAAUUGCGGUGUGGUCGGUGCGUAACAAUAAUAAAAGGAUCCAUUUUCAGGAAUGAGCUCAUCCGCCCGUUGUUCAUUAGCGGAGGGGAAGUUGUCGCAUAAUAGGAAAAAAAUAAAUAAAUAGUACGAAACGUAAACGAACGAUAUGGAGACUGACAUUGACUAAAAAUCUUUUAAUACUGAUUAUUACUUCAGCGUCGUGCUUCAUAACUGGCACCGAUUAAAAAGCGCAUUGCCGACCGUUUUAUGAGAAGAUCAACAACCCAUCUCCCCCUAUCAGUACUGAUCUCUGGGGUGGUGGUGUCACUCAAUAAAAGUGCUGCAUAAUAACAAAUAAUACUCGUUGUGUAAACUAUUAUUUACCACUUUGUUGUGCGCAAUAUUUGUGACUGUGUGAGUGGAUGGACGAUAGGAAAAAUGUGUUCACUUGGUUAAACACGGAAGAAGACGGAAUAGUACCCGAGGAUGUGAGGGACGGUCUCUGUACAUUUUUUAUUAGUGACCAACCGCAGUUUAUUAGACAACGACGACGACGAUUCGAGUCAACAGAGAUGAUGCUCAAACAAAGGAUGGAUUGCGACAAGAACAAAAAAUUGCUCAAAAUCGUCAAAAGUUGAUGAUACAUCACGUCACCUACGAUUAGACCAAAUUACUGCACUACAAAUUACCGGGGAGAUUACAAGUACUUAUACGCUCUCAUCACCAUCCAAUAAAAAUUGAAUCCAACCAUCACCUUUCGCCAAGUGACCAAUCUGCGGAAGAAGAAGGAAUCUGCAAAUCAGAUCGUCAAGAAGAGGAACACGCACUGCCCAAGUGCAUAUCCACACAACUAUCUAUCUACUCGUCCUGUGUGUGUGUUGUGAGUAUUAAUAAUUUGCAACUAUACUCAGAGAGACUGCUUUCCUGUGCAAAAAUAAUUUGCACACUUACACAUCGAGCGAAGAAGACGAGGAAGAAGCGUUGGUGGGUAGGAGAUUCUUGGUGAAACACAUAAUAAGAGUGACGUCCGUCGUAUGUAGAAGAGCUGCUGCUGGCGGAUGGCCAUCAUCAAAAUUGAAUAGGCAAGCAAGCCAUGUGCACCUUCUCAUACCCUCUUCCUCCUCUCGCUGGGCAACGGAUAUCUUCUUAUGUAACAUGAAGAUUUUGCAAGGAAAGUGCGAAUAUUUUUGCGAAAUGAGUUGAGUUGUGGAAUAGAAAAAUUGCUGCUGCUGCUGCUGGUGAAGGAAUUUCUUGUUGUGGCUGGCACGAUGCCAAGUCAAAAAACGUCGGUUUCCAUUCCUUCAUACGUACUGAGUGACUGCCUGACUGAGUGAGUGAGUGAGUGACGAUUCCGAAAUCGGGACAGGGUCAACUCCCAACCUUCCCAAAAUCUCGUCUCAAACAAAUCACCGAGUUCAACAGGACCAGUAAUCCGUCGAUUUGCCCGUGUGCUUAUCAUUGGUCCGUCAUUCAUGAUGAAGAGAUGUGACGUGAUAAGGUGUCACUCGCAAACAUAAUUAUUCCGAGCGUUUACCCUCGUCAUGCUGCAAAUUGAUAUCAAAAUGUUAAACCAGAGUCAAUGUCAUACUAAUCUGCCUAUUACACCGUCAUUCCAUGCAACCACAAUCAAUCCAUUGUCAUCGUCUUCGUCACACGUUCCCUCGCUCGUGAGAGUCCAUGCACGGUCGGAAAAUAGUGAACCACUCCACUCCUAAUCGUCGCGGGAUGAAAGUUGCGAGACUAGGAACAAGAACAAUCAAAGUACAAGUCGUACUCGUAGUAAAAGUGCAACAGUGUCUUUGUCCUCCUUUGUGCGUGCAGUGAUCGAAAUCAAGAAAUGGAGGCGACCAAGCUAAUGAGCAGCGGCGGCGGCGGUGGCGGUGGUGUCGGAAGCAGUGGCGUGGUCGACAAACGUGCCCCCAUCCGCGUCGGCUUUUACGACAUUGAGAAAACCAUCGGCAAGGGCAACUUCGCCGUCGUCAAGCUCGCCCGACAUCGGCUGACCAAGACUGAGGUGGCGAUAAAGAUAAUUGACAAGACUCAGUUAAGUGCGGCGGACUUGAGACGAGCCUACCGUGAAGUCCGUGUCCUCAAAAAGCUCCACCAUCCCCACAUCAUCCGUCUUUACCAGGUGAUGGAGACCAAGAAUAUGCUCUACAUCGUCACCGAGUAUGCCCCACAAGGAGAAAUUUUCGAGCAUAUUGCGAAACAUGGGCGACUCCAGGAAGCACAGGCAAGGCGACUUUACUGGCAAGUCGUCAGUGCAGUCGACUACUGUCACAAGCGGGGCGUUGUUCACAGAGAUCUGAAGGCUGAAAACCUCCUCAUGGACGUUGAAGGAUCUGUCAAAUUGGCCGACUUUGGGUUCAGCACGUGGUGGUCGCAGGAGUCCAUGUUGGAAACGUAUUGUGGAUCUCCACCGUACGCCGCCCCAGAAGUGUUUGAGGGUCGUCAGUACAGCGGACCGGAAGUUGACAUUUGGAGCCUUGGGGUCGUGUUGUACGUGUUGGUGUGUGGCGCCCUCCCCUUUGACGCAUCCACUCUUCCCGCAUUGAGAGACCGCGUCCUUUCUGCGAGAUACCGAGUCCCCUAUUUCAUGUCCGCCGACUGCGAGUCUCUCGUUCGGAAAAUGCUCGUCAAGGAUCCCACCCGCCGCUUGUCCAUCGAGCAGGUCAAGCGACACAGGUGGAUGCAGGCGGACGGACCUCCCAGACUUCUUCCCGCCCCAGGUUAUCCCGCCGUUCCUCCAGCCCCAUCUGCACAAACGAAGCAAUAUCUCGACCCCGGACUGAUUCCUGAUCCCCCCACGGAACCCAACGAUCAAGUUCUCAGACUCAUGGCCAGUCUGGGCAUCGACUCUUCUCGCACGAGAGAGUCCCUCCGACAACAAAGUUACGAUCAUCAUGCCGCUAUUUACUUUCUGUUACUGGAACGCCUCCGCCAACACCGUCCUGGUCAUCGGUACGCUGGUUCUUCCACCGGAGGUCCAGGUCACGGUGCGGUGCGGAUGAUGUCCACGGACUCUGCCACUUGUCGACGUGCUCCACGACGGCCCAGCACUGUGGCAGAACACGCUAUGCGCAAAAUGGUACCUGGCCCGGAUGGGCAACCCUCGUCUUCGCAACAAGUACCUGCAAAUUCAGGUGUACCGCCAGCUGAACCAGUUUACGUGGGAUGGAAAGGAACUCGCCCUCACGUGGGGCCAUCCCAAACGUCGUCGGUGGACGAGGGGGUGGCGGACAUGGACUCGCAGUGGGACGACACGACGGGGUCCAUGGCGAGCAACAACAUGGGAAUGGGAAUGGGUCACAGCCACGGGAGCAGCGUGUCCUCUGGCAUCGCCGCACCCGCCGUCAGAUCACGAGCUGACUGGAAAUGGCCAGCACGUGGAAGUUCUGGUUCCAGCGUCCUCAUCUCUUCAGACAUGUCGCAGGCGUCGGGGAGCCCACGGGAGAGCGUGAGUGGGUCCGGGACGACUUUAAGCAGUUGGGACUCUGCGUGGGAUCAGGGCGGUCUGGCAGCCGCGUCACUCCCAUCCUGCUCAGGCCCUGGAACGUCCCUCCAGGGCGGUGACGAGCGGCGAAACUCAUUGAUUGGAGGUGGGGGCGAGUCCCCCCUCUCGCCCGGACCGUGUCUCACCUCCGACCGACUUUGGGUACCACCUACUCAUCCUCCAGGCUCCCCCACGGAGUUCCGCCUGGGUCGGCGUGCCUCUGACGGUUUGGUUGGUGGUCGAAAGCUGGCUUUCUCCAACAAGCUGGACGGGUUGGCGGGACGUGCUGGGGGCGUUGCGGCGCUUGCUGGCCAAACUGACGGCACGGGUGAAGAGUUGGAGGGGGCUGUGGGUGGGUUAGCCUUCGGAGAACCGGAAGAGCUCUCAGGCGACAUCCCCGAACAUCCGCUCAACCUUCUCUGCUCCCCCGCAAAACGACCCAGCCUCCCAGACUCUUGGAAACUCCUGCCCGACAACACGUGGGUGUCUUCGUCUUGGGUGAACGACCCACCCAUCGCGUCCUCCUCCUCCUCGAGUGGCGGUGGUGCUGGUGGUGGCGCCUCAUCCACGACGAGCGCCCAGCUGCAUCGCCAACUCAUGGCCCUCCGACUGCAGAGAAGAACGGGCGUGGUGGAGCCUCCAGAUCUGAGCAGUCUGAGUGAGGCCGCUGCUAAGACUAGUGCCGCUGCUGCUGCUAACGCUGCAAGAAAGAAAUCAGUUUUACGACAGCAGAGCUACAAGUUGGCACAGCAGACGCCAGUAAACCUGCCCCCGCUCCCCUCGUCUUCUAAGACUUCCUGCCCUUCGUCUGCUACUUCGACUACUUCCUCCUCAGCACCAGCGGCUAAUCCUCCGCCUUCCACUCUUCUUCUUUCCACAGGGUCCUCCGCCCUCUGUGACCAGCAACCCCCACCCGUCUCAUUCCGAGGCCCCAUCGACCUCAACGCCGAACUCCACGCCCACCAGGAGGAGGAGGAGGAGGAAGACGAGGAGGAGGAUGAGGACCUCGUGGGGGCAGGACGACCUUGGCCUACAACCCAUCUCCACUACCACCCUCACCACCAUCACCUCCACCCCCAACAGGACUGGCAAACACUCCCCACCACCAUGGCCGACUGCAAGCUCACUGAUUCCAACAGCUCGCUCCGCCUCAGCCCCCUCCUCCAUCUCCACAUUGCCAACUCCCCCCAGCCCCCCUCGUCCCCCUUCCGCUGGGUCGGAGACGCCAUGCUCCCCUCCCAGCUACAGCACCAGCAGAAGACCGCCGCGCAGGCACAACAACAGCAGCAACAACAACCGUCGUCACAACAGUCGUCGUCGUCGUCGUCUGGUCUGCAAGAACGAAUGGACACUUCAGGGCCCUAAUAAAAAUCAAAUGUUAGUCCCACCCCAAAGGUAUCCACAUCUAAGUAGCGAGGCUAAAUUAGCCUGGCUAAUUAUGCAGUGGCGACGUGUAGGGAAUUAAUUUGCUAUGCUAAUAAAAGAGGAGAUGACGAGGGAUAGACGAGGAGAGUCUUAUUUUGGUAGCGUGUGUAGGAGUCAGUGUGACGCUUUUUGUACCGUUCUGACUAGAAGACUUAGAACUCUCAGGACCAAAUAAAGGUUCCGACCUUAAAGCAAUAAUCAAUGCAAAUCAAUCAUCAUCGGAAACUAACUGGGACUGGAUUACUACGAGUUAAUUAUUAAACACUGUUGUUGUUCUAUCAACUUUAUUGUUAUCACACUUUCUCAGUAUGGUUUUAUUCUGUAAAGUGCACGGGUGAGUCAAUGUCAGGAUCUAAAAAAAAUUAUCAUAAAUGCAUGAUAAUUAUAUCCAUUGUGAACGAAAAGUGGAAAAUUAUUUUAAAGUUUUCUUAUCUUUUUUGUUACCGAACUUAUUACUGCUACUUACAUAUUUAUUUUUACUGUAUUUUGCGCUUAUGUAUGAUCAACCAAGAGUCUUACUUUAUUUAUUCAUUUCGUUACUUAAUAAUUAUUUGUCAUGAUUCGAAACGCAGUUACAUGUCGAUUUUAGACCAGACUAAUUUACGUCUAGUCAAGCAGACAACUCACUUAAUAAAAGUAAUUACUUAAUUGUACAUAAUGCUACACAUACAUAAAUUAUUUUAUGAUGUUUAUGUUUUCUCUUAAAAACAUGUCAAACAUGACCUGAAAAACGUUAACAUUUUAUUAACCAAUCAUCAAUACUUAUGUGUUGUUUAAUUUUAUACUCAAUCUUAUAUUAAGAAGCAUUUUGAAAGCCCAAAAAUAAUAAAAUGUAUGAUUCUGUGUAGGUCGGUUUAUGAUUUUCGUAUAUUUUGUCAUGAUUUUCGCUAAAUAAUUUUGCUACUAAAACCAUAGUUGAUAGCGACAGCACAAGUAUUAUUUGGUUAUGUACGUAGGCCAGGAAAACUACUGGGGACAAUUAAAUCAGGGAUUUUUAAAUAGUGUGUGUAUAGUAGAAAGCUCUCGAGUGAGUGGUACAAUAAUUAGAACAACGUCACAUUCACAAUAAAUCAUGUCCUCUCGCAGGAAUCCAUAAAUUACAUAUUCGUCGAAUAAUCGAGGAGGAUGAAAGUCAAUCAUAUUUAUUAACAAAACUAGAUUUUUUUUUACGUUCACCCUGAAAAACUUGUAUCAAAACUUGUAUUUUAGUUGUCGAAUUUCUUCCAUUGCUUUUUUCCUAUUUUUGAGACACCACUCAAUCACAGGUUGAUGAUGUGGUUGUACAAAAUUGUGGUAUAUCCUUCCUAUAAGAAAUAAAUAAUAAUAAAUUCCGUGUGUAGCGAAUUAGUGGAUAUGAAAUUGUAUGAACGGCAAUGACCGUUUUGAUGAACUGGUUGUUGUAAUAAUAAUCAAAUCCCGUAUAGCUGUAGGUCUUUGUAAACCUGAUUGCACACCUCUCGUCGCUGGCAGACGGGGUUGCAAACAAGGUCACCUUCUGUAAUACCCGAUAUCCUCUACUCAAAAAAUAUAUUAUACAGUAAAUACUUACAAUUAUACGUAAUUAGGAGUAUCUAUAGUGGGUAGGCUUUCUUAGGAGGUACAUACAUGAUUGGUUAAAAAAAGUAUUGUUAUAUUGAAGGGUGUUGAAAAAAUGCAUUUGUUACGGUGUAAUUCCAACGCAUCAGUAUCUACUUUUCAUGGAGACGUUGAAUAAAAUUGUGUUUUGUAUAUCAUCAUGCUGUGGAUUUAAGACAAAAAGAGAAUACAAAAUUAUGACAUAGAGGGGAACGAUAUCAGAUUAUUGUGGUUUUUUGGUAGGUCAUUCGCUCGUACAAUAUUGUUACAUGAAAUAAAAAUGUUGAUCAAAAUUUGAUAAAUACUUGAUGCAAGUCUUUGAAAAAGAUUCGCCAUUAUUAUUGGCGAUUGUUAUUGUUGGUGUUAUUCGUUCGUUGUUGGUGGAUAAAAUGAGGAGGUAAAUGUGUAAAACAUGUAAAAAUUAUUAAUCAAGCCAUGAUGGAAUCAUAUAAUAUGUAACAUUUGCGCUAGUCUGUGAUGAGAUGAUAAUAAAGGCCAUCUGAUUUGAAUAUAUAA